AUGAACUCGGACGGUUCGCUGCAGAAUGGUCGCCCUGGACCUCACGAUGGAGGCAAUCUCAACGAGGUCGCUGCCCCACCCCCUGUUUACGAUCCGUCUGAGAGGUCGUCACGGCUGAACGAUUACUUGGAAUACCAGCCAGAACGAAGCUCUCAAAGAAGCCCUCCAGACACCAGAACUGAACCUGUCCGACCCGAUGAUGUGCAGAGCCCGGACGAAGACCCGCAAGAGAAACACCCUAAACCAAGCCGCAUCUUGAAGUUCCUGCAUACGACAUAUAUUGUAUCCUAUCUUGUUUUAUUCUCGAUGAUCGGUACUUUACUUCGGGUGGUCAUCGAAUGCCUGACCUUUUACCCGGGGGCACCAGUCAAUACCAGUGUUCUGUGGGCGAACGUUGGAGGCAGUAUGAUCAUGGGUUUCCUGAGCGAGGACCAGGAGCUGUUUCACUUUGAAAGCUUCAAAACAAGUACCCCUGGCCAAGUGAAAAAUGACCCUUCACAGCGUGCCGCGCAUAUAAAAGCCCACAAGAAAACGGUGCCCUUGUUUAUCGGGCUGACCACUGGCUUCUGUGGGAGCCUUACGUCUUUUUCAACCUUCAUGCGCGAUGUUUACCUGGCAAUCUCAAAUAACCCACUGGUGCCAAACGGACCGUAUCAUGAGGUCUCCCUGUUCGCGCCGGGCUCUGCCAGUCUGAAAUCUCCUAAUGGCGGGUUUAGCUUUAUGUCCAUUCUCGCCGUUCUGUUCACUGAGAUUGGUCUGUCCUUGGCAGGUCUCUUUCUUGGAGCUCAUAUUGCAGUUAGCCUAUCUCAGUGGACGCCCAGUCUGCCGCAGGUGUGGUUGCGGAAAUACUUCGACCCUUUUUCAGCGAUCCUAGCUUGGCUAUCAUGGAUCCUUGUUAUCUGUCUCGUGGCCCUUCUGCCCCAAGAUCACGGAGCAGCCACGUUAUGGAGUCCACAUUCAUGGCGUGGACCAUUUCUUUUCUCUCUUGUCUUUGCACCAGUUGGUUGCCUAUCCCGCUUCUAUAUUUCCCUCAAGCUAAAUAGCCGGAUAAUCGGUUUCCCGCUGGGAACAUUUAUAGUUAACAUAGUAGGCACGAUGGUGUUUGGAAUGGCAUACUCUAUACAACAUGCUACAGUUAGCACUUCUACGUUAACCAUAGGUGGAAUUACCGGCUGCGAGGUACUAGAAGGGAUCAUGGACGGGUUUUGCGGGUGUCUCACAACAGUCAGCACCUGGAUUCUCGAACUGUCUGAUUUGCGCCGUCGGCAUGCUUAUGUGUAUGGGAGUGUGAGUGUGGCAGUUGCUUUGUGUUUCCUGGUCAUCGAAAUCGGGAGUCUGGAGUGGACUCGUGGUCUCACCACGCCUAUGUGUUUCCGGUGA